CUUUUGUGAGUCAUACAUUUAUUCACUUUAUGCAUAUUUUCUAAUAUUAUCAAUAUAUAUCGUUUCAUCCACACCACCCUUAUCUUGAACGUACUAAAUACAAUUUAUUGUGUUUCGUGGCAAAUCAGAUAUGAAUUGCAAUUAAUUUAUAAUUCCUGAAAUGUCAUUGUCAUUUUCAUUUCAUUUUUGGAGUCGAGGAAAUUGGGCGAUUGUGGCCUUGUCUUUAUCCAUUAACCAUUAUAUUGCAUUGGAGGCUAUUUAUAGUCGUGAAUUUCGUAGAUUACUUGCUCGCACCAUUGGAGAGAGAGAUGGGGUCCCUUGCUCAUGUAGUGGAAGAUUGUCUAGGAAUUGUAAAAGUGUUUAGCGACGGCUCCAUUUCCCGCACCGACGACGUCAAAUUCCCCAUGAAAGUGGAGGACGACGGCACCGCCGUCUGGAAAGACUGCUUAUACGACAUCCACAACAACCUCCACCUCCGCCUCUACAAGCCCCGCGCCGCCCCCGCCGCCGCCCUCCCCGUUCUCUACUACUUCCACGGCGGUGGCUUCUGCAUCGGCUCCAGGACCUGGCCCAACUGCCACAGCUGCUGCCUCCGCCUCGCCUCCGCCCUCAAGGUCCUCGUGGUGGCGCCGGACUACCGCCUCGCGCCGGAGCACAGGCUCCCCGCCGCCAUCGAGGACGCCCACACCUCCCUCAAGUGGCUGCAGCAGCAGGCUCUGCUGACUGACGGCGGCGGUGGCGAUGAGUGGCUGCGGGAGGGAAUAGAUUUCGGGAGAGUGUUCGUGGUGGGUGAUUCCUCCGGCGGGAACCUGGCGCACCAUAUGGCGGUGGAGCUCCGCCGUGGAUCGCCGGAGCUGGCCCCGGUGCGGGUAAGGGGAUACGUGCUGAUGGCGCCGUUUUUCGGCGGCAUCGUCAGGACUAAAUCGGAAGCGGAAGGGCCGCCUGAACAAUACCUGAAUUUAGAAAUUCUCGACAGGUUUUGGAGGCUGUCAAUUGAGUCAAGUCCAAGUGGAGAAGUGUUAGACCACCCAUUUGCAAACCCUUUUGGGCCGUCAAGCCCAAGUUUGGACAGCAUAAAAUUUGACCCAAUAUUGGUGUUGGUUGGAGGGAGUGAAGUGAUGAAAGACAGAAUUGAGGACUAUUCCAAGAGGCUGAAAGAGAUGGGAAAAGAGAUUGAUUAUGUGGAAUUUCAAGGUGAACAACACGGUUUCUUUGUCAACCAACCUUUCUCACAUGUUGCUCACAAAGUUCUAGAAAAAAUAAAUCAUUUUAUGACCAAAAAUUCCCUUUGAAAAGUUUUGCUUUCAUACUCUACCUAAAAGAUAUAAAAGUUUAAUUAUGGAGGUUUUGUUCCUAGAGUUUGUAAUUUAGAGUGAGAACAAUUUGAAUAUUGUAUCUAUUGCGUUUUGUCGUCGCACCACUACAUGCUUUAUGCGAUUACAUAGUAUGUACUUAUGCGUGAAAUAAAGAGAGAAAAGAAAAAAGAUGCCAUGUAUUAGAUUAUUCAAAUUGAACUAAAUAUAUUAAGGGUGUGAAAUUAGUUUUCCUU